AUGAAUCCAUAUUCUGAGAAGGACCUUUUCCUGUCUGAAAACCCGGAAGUGGUUUCCUUGACCGACCUUGCACCGGUGGAGCAAGCGAAAAAUGAGCCUUCUCCGUUGGAAAUAUUGCCAGAAUCCGGGUCAAAGCUCGAUGUGCAGCACACGAGCCGUGAGAGUCUUUCCGAAUCCUUGGAUAUCCCUGACUCAUCGACGGAUUCUUCUGGUCGAGAAGUCCCAAUUGCCAUUGUUGGACUGAGCACCCGCUUUCCAGGAGGUGCUGAUAGUCCAGAGAAGCUCUGGGAUUUGAUCUCUCAGGGGAGAAGUGCGUGGUCAGAGAUUCCCUCGGAGAGAUUCAACCUGGAUGGUUUUUAUCAUCCGGUGGCCAAUCGAAACGGCUCUACAAAUGUCCGUGGCGGCCAUUUUCUUAAAGAAGAUGUCGCGGUCUUCGAUGCCCCGUUCUUCAACAUCAGUCCAAACGAGGCCAAGCAAAGAUUGCAGUUGGAAUCAGCCUAUGAAGCACUUGAAAACGGUCGGUUCAUUCCAACAAGACAGUCUGGCAUCCCCUUGGAAGAAAUAGUAGGCACCAAGACAUCUGUCUACGUCGGCAAUUUCACCAGGGAUUACUGUGACAUAACUGUACGUGAUCCGGAAACUGCCCCGUUAUACUUUGCUACAGGCACCGGUCAAUCAAUGCUGUCGAACAGACUGUCAUACUUCUUCGACCUCAAGGGUCCCAGUAUCACAGUCGAUACAGCAUGUUCUUCCAGCCUAGUCGCUUUACAUCUUGCUUGCCAGAGCCUGCGAAGUGGGGAAGCAGAUCAAGCAAUUGUCGGAGGGACCAAUUUGAUCUUCAGCCCCCAUAUCAUGACCACUAUGAGCUCGUUAGGAUUUUUGUCCUUUGAUGGAAGAUCAUACACAUCUGACCAUCGAGCAUGUGGCUAUGGUCGUGGGGAGGGAUUCGCAACCGUGAUUUUGAAACCACUUGAUGCUGCUCUGCGUGACAAGAAUCCAAUUCGAGCAGUCAUCCGUGCAACUGCCAUAAACUCAGACGGUCGUACCAAAGGAAUCACCCUACCUAGUCGCGAGAGCCAGGUAGAAAUGAUCAGAUCUGCCUACGCCGACGCCGGACUCGAUCCUCACGACACUGGAUACUUCGAAGCUCACGGUACGGGUACACAAGCCGGUGACCCGAUAGAGAUGAGUGCCAUCUAUGAGGUUUUUGCUUCCUCACGUGCAAGGGACGAUCCCCUCAUCGUUGGGUCAAUUAAGACCAACAUCGGCCAUCUCGAGGGGGCGAGUGGUCUUGCGGGCUUGAUCAAGGCUGUUCUUUGCCUUGAGAAGGGCGUCAUUCCGCCUAACAUCAACUUCGAGAAACCAAAUAACCAGAUACCACUCGAAGAAUGGAAUCUGAAGAUUCCAACUACACUGGAACCAUGGCCACCUCGGGCUCUUCGACGAGCUUCUGUCAACAGCUUUGGAUACGGUGGUACCAAUGCACAUGUCAUUCUGGAUGAGGCACGAGGUUAUCUGAAUAGUCUUUCCCGCAGGGCCUCCGUGCAGAGCUCAGUCAUACUGCCAACUUCAACAAACGAAACAGGAAAGCAUUCAGAAUUUUAUCGUUCCUUUGUCUUCUCAGCAAAUGAUGACGUUUCUAGCUCGAAAUUGGUGGAGCGCAUGCUUGAAUACCUCAAGCUGAAGCUUCAUCAGGACGAGCGUACCUUCCUGAGAGACCUUGCCUUCACCUUUUCAGAAAAGAGAACAAGACUUCCAUUGAAACUUGCCGUAUCUGCUUCCUCGAUCUCUGAACUGGUCGGAGAACUUGAAAGGAGACCUGCUUUCCGCAAAUCUUUCCAGGCGCCGAGACUCGGUUUUGUGUUCACCGGACAAGGAGCACAAUGGGCAAGAAUGGGUGUGGAGUUGGAGGGGAUCUAUGAAGCAUUCGAUAAGAGUCUUCUCAGUUCUGAAGCAACCUUGGAGUCUCUAGGCUGCCCAUGGCGCCUUCUAGAUGAACUUCAUCGAGACGCGCAUUCUAGCAGAAUCAACGACCCCGAACUAAGCCAGCCGAUAUGCACGGCAAUUCAGAUUGCUCUUGUGGACUUGCUUCGUUCCUGGGGUGUCAAGCCUGCCACAGUUGUAGGCCAUUCCAGUGGUGAAAUCGCCGCGGCCUAUGCAGCAGGCGCUUUGAGCCUCGAAUCAGCCAUGACUGUGGCAUAUUACAGAGGAUUCUUGUGCUCUCAAAUGGCGUCUCAAGGUACCCGACAUGGCGGCAUGAUAGCCGUUGGCCUCUCUGCUCCCGAGACUCAGUCAUUCAUUUCUCAGAUUGAAGGGGGCCGGCUUAAUAUAGCCUGUUACAACAGUCCCAAGAGUGUUACGGUCGCUGGGGAUACGUGCGCGAUAACCGAGUUGGAGAAGUUAUUGCUCGCAAAGAAAAUAUUUGUCCGCCGACUGAAGGUAGACGUUGCCUACCAUUCACAUCACAUGCAGGACGUUGCGCCAAAAUAUUCGGAGUUGUUGCAGAAUCUCCAAGUGCAGAAUUCAGAUGGCGUUCAAUUCUUCUCUUCUGUGACCGGUGCGCUCAUGGAAUGCAGCAGCCUGAAGAGUGACUACUGGGUUCGGAACAUGGUCUCGCCUGUAUUAUUCUCCUCGGCCUUGAGGAAGAUGUGUUGGGCCUCGGAGACAGGCACCCAGGACAAAGAGCCGGAUGUUGAUUUAUUGAUUGAAAUUGGUCCACAUGCAGCUCUUGCUGGCCCAAUCAAGCAAAUUCUCGACGACGCAGACUCAAAACAGGACAUCACAUACAUAUCCUGCCUUCAGCGAAAACAAAAUGCGGUCAAAAGCAUGCACGAGGUGGCAAACACUCUCUUUAUGAAUGGUUCUGCUAUUGACUUCUACUCUGUCAAUGAUUCCGGCGCGGACGAUGAGCCUCAAGUCCUGGCUAACUUACCCCCUUACCCAUGGAACCAUUCGACAGGCUACUGGCAUGAAUCCCGUAUCAGCCGUGGACAUCGGUUUAGACAAUACGGGAGGCGUGACCUGAUUGGUGCUCCAGAGGACAAUUUCAACCCGCGAGAGCCUCGUUGGCGAGGUUUCCUGCGAUUGUCAGAAUUGCCUUGGAUCAAAGACCAUCAAGUCCAAGGCAAAGUCCUUUAUCCUGCCGCUGGAAUGCUGUCAAUGGUCAUAGAAGCCAUGCAACAGAUAUCAGAAAGAUCAUCUGAAACAUUCAAGGGACUGAGGUUCCGCGACAUCAACAUUGGUCAAGCUCUUGUGGUUCCCGAUUCCAGUGAUGGGGUCGAAACCGUCUUGAGUCUCCAUCCUUCGAGUCUCCUAUCAUCGACAGAUUCUUCAAAUCCUUGGUUCGAGUUCCGCCUGUACUCUGUUGUCUCAGAUGAAUGGAUCGAACACUGUCAUGGAUACGUCUCUGGCACGCCGUCAUCCCAAAUCGGUGAAUUGGGUAACGAAGAAGCCCACCAAAAGCAAAGAGCAAUCGAGGAGCUUUUCACGACUUGCAGACAGCGAUGCCAGAAACACAUAAACGUCAAGCAUCUGUACAAAACCCUCGAUCACGUUGGUCUGUCCUACGGGCCAGCAUUCCAGAAUUUAGCCGUGGUUUCUGCAUCUGGCACGAAUAAUAUGGCCUUGGGAACCGUGUCUAUUCCAGAUACGGCACAAUUCAUGCCACAGAAUUUCGAGUUUCCGCAUAUUCUUCAUCCUGCCACGCUUGAUUCUGUUUUCCAUACGAUCUUCCCAGCGUUUUCGAAGGAUCAAAGUGGGCUACCGCACCCAUUCGUGCCGACAUUCAUCAAGCAAAUGAAGGUCUCCACCACUGGCUUGAACAUUCCUUCAAAGAAGCUGAAAGUAGCGUGCUCGGUCCUGCAGAACGACUUCCGGCAGAUCGACUCGAGGAUGACUGUUGUGGCAGACGAGUGCGCUGACUUUGAUCCGUUGAUCGAAGUAGAGGGUCUCAGAUGCUCUGCCAUUGCGAACAUGGCAUCUGAAGUUAAGUCAACUGCAGAAGAUCGAAAGUUAUGCUUCAGAGAGGUUUGGAGCGAGGAUAUCACCCUUGCCAGCCCCGCUGAUAUAAAGCAUAUCUUUCCUCCCCCUGAACACGAUCAGGCUCUGUCAGAAGUCGUGGCAACUUUUGAGGCAGCGUCACUUAUCUACAUUCGACGGGCUCUCUUGGACCUUGGUGAACCAGAUUUUGAGAAGAUGAAGCCUCAUUGUCGAUUCCUAUACCAGACACUGAGACAGGUAAGAGAAAAAGCGGAAAGGGGAGAUCUGGGGCAUCAAGCGCUCCACUGGCUGGCGGCAUCAGAGAAAGAAGAGGAACGACAUAUCUCGUCUGCAAAAACUCAUGGAGCAGAGGGGAAAAUGCUCUGCCGCAUGGGAGAGAACUUGUCGCGUAUCAUGCGAAACGAGACAGAAGCAUUGCCGGUAAUGCUAGAAGGGGACCUCCUUUACGAGCUUUACAGCACUGGGCUUGGAACAGAAAGAUCCUUUGGACAACUUUCAAGCAUCAUUGGCAAGCUCGCACACAAGAAGCCUGACAUGAACAUCCUGGAGAUUGGUGCCGGAACCGGUGGCGCAACCAUGUCCAUCCUCCGCACACUUGGUGGAGCGGAGGGCGAAUAUCCGCGUUUCUCCCAUUUCGAUUUCACUGAUAUUUCCCAGGGCUUCUUCGAAAAGGCCCGCGAGAAGUUUAGGCUGUGGGCGGCUCUGAUGGAUUUCAAGAAACUGGAUAUUGAGGUCGAUCCGCAGAGCCAGGGUUUCGCCGCGGGCAGCUACGAUCUCAUCAUCGCUGUGAAUGUCCUCCAUGCAACAAGCGAAAUGAAGAAAACGUUGAAAAACGUGAGAAUGUUGCUAAAGCCUGGAGGAAGACUCGUUCUGAUGGAAAUAACACAUCCAUUGCUGCGGACCAUCAUAUUAUAUGGUGGACUCCCAGGGUGGUGGUCGGGUGUCAAUGAUGGCCGCACAUCUGGACCAACGAUCACAGAAGAUGAGUGGCAUGCUUUGCUGAGAAAUACGUCAUUCUCUGGACUGGACAUCUGUCUUCGAGAUUUCCCUAACGAAGCCGAUUACCUUUAUAGUGUCAUGGUUUCAACAGCAGUUGAGGAUACGGAGAGCCGCUAUCCAGAUGCUGUUGUCAUUGAUACCUGUCAGCAAAGUUACGUGUCCGCGGAAUACCUGCAGAGCUGUCUACAGAUUUCGUGCGGCAUUAAAUCCAAACUCUGCAGUCUGGACACACCAACAGAGACGUAUCAUGACAAGGUCUGUAUUGUUCUAGAUGAACUACAGAGGCCAAUUCUGCGCGGAACUGAUUCUGCAAAAUAUGAAUCCAUCCGUCAGGUUAUCUCUUCAUCUAAGGGCGUCAUAUGGGUGACACGAGGCGCUACCCUCGAGUCAUCGAAGCCUGAGUCCAGCCUGAUUCACGGGCUCAUGCGUUCUGUUCGCUCUGAGGACCAGAGCAAAAGGAUUGUUACCCUUGACUUCGAUUCGGAAAAUGUGCUGCCAGCCAAGCAAGCAGCCGAGUCGAUUCUCCGCAUUUUCCAGAACUCCUUCAAGGAAGGUCAGCAGCUCGAGAGUACAGAUUUGGAGUUCAGCGAACGAUCCGGCCGCCUCAUGAUUCCUCGGAUUGUUGAAGACCGAAUCAGCAACGACUAUGUCGCGAAAGGACCACAAGAUUCGACAACAGAAAUGUUGUUCUUCGAGGAGAGUGAGAGACCCCUAAAGCUGGAAAUAGGAACCCCCGGCCUUCUUGACACUCUGAGGUUCAUUGAAGAUUCUGCGAUGGCCAAGAAGCUAUCUGGCGAUGAAGUCGAGAUAAGGGUUGAGGCUUCUGGUAUCAAUUUCAGCGACGUGAUGGUGGCAAUGGGGCAACAUAUCGAAAACUUCCUGGGUUGUGAAUGCAGUGGCGUCCUCACAAAAGUCGGAGCGAAUGUGACACAUUUGAAAGUAGGAGACCGUGUGUGCACACUCGCCUUGGGCACGUUGAAAACACACGUCCGCUGCAGGGCGGACUUGGUACAACGUAUGCCUGAUGACAUGACGUUCGAGGUUGCAGCAUCGCUACCGGCUGUGUAUUGCACGGCAUACCUUUCGAUUAUCAAUACCGCUCGUCUGCAGAAGAAUGAAACUAUCCUUAUCCAUGCUGCAGCUGGUGGAGUUGGUCAAGCGGCGAUUAUGCUUGCGCAGAUGAUCGGAGCGGAGAUUUUCGUCACAGUUGGUACUGCGGAGAAGAAGCAGUUUAUCAUGCAAACUUAUGGUAUUCCUGAAGACCACAUAUUCUCCAGCAGAGAUGCCUCUUUUGCCGAAGGUGUCAUGAGGAUGACAAACGGAAAAGGCGUUGACGUGAUUCUCAAUUCUCUUGCCGGAGAGCUCCUCCGCGAGUCAUGGAACUGCAUCGCCCAGUUUGGCAGAUUUAUCGAGAUUGGAAAGCGUGAUUUCCUCGGAAACAGCAAGCUGGAGAUGGAGCCAUUCAUUCGCAAUGUCUCAUUCUCUUCCGUGGACCUGACGGGGAUCUUCCGUCACAAACAGGAGCUGGGUAGCUCACUCCUCGAGAAAGUUAUGGGGUUGGUUCGGAGUGGAACUAUCACUCCCGUUACUCCGAUUACGACGUAUCCGAUUUCCAAGGUUGAAGAAGCACUUCGGAUGAUGCAAGCUGGGAAACACCGAGGGAAGGUCGUUAUCACACGUCGUUCCAAGGAUCCUGUCAAGUUAAGAAAGGUGGUUUCUCAACGUUCGAAGAGUCAUUCAUUCAAGGAAAAUGCUUCUUAUAUUCUUGUCGGCGGUCUUGGAGGACUGGGACGAUCGAUCUCGAGCUGGAUGGUAGAUAAUGGAGCCAAGAACAUCAUAUUUCUGUCGCGAUCUGGCGCUGCAAACCCGGAGGCUGCUAGUCACGUCGACGAGCUGAGAAGGGAAGGGGUUAAUGUCGUCGUAUAUGAAUGCGAUGUGUCAAUUCUUUCUCAGCUGGCCAAAGUCAUGGAAAGCUGCUCAGAGACAUUACCUCCUAUCCGAGGCAUAAUCCAUGCUGGUAUGGUUCUUCAGGAUUCCAUUUUUGCAUCAAUGUCCUAUGAAAGGUUCCAAGCUGCCAUCCAGCCCAAAGUUACGGGAUCUCUCAACCUACACAUGCUGUCAAUUGUCAUGAAUUGGGACCUGGACUUCUUCGUGAUGCUUUCCUCGGCAGCCGGCAUUGUGGGGAAUUCCAGUCAGAGCAACUACACAGCUGGUUGCGUUUUCCAGGACGCUCUUGCGCGUCAUCGCAACACCAAUGGCUUGCCAGCAGUAUCUCUGGACCUUGGCAGGAUAUUGUCCGUUGGGGCCGUGGCCAUGAACCAGAACUAUGCGAGCAACUUGGAACGGUGGGGCUUUACAAAUAUCUCCGAGAAGGAGUUUCAUUCAUUGCUUCAACUCGCGAUCUUCGAGUCUCGUCAGACAGAAGGAACUUCCCAGAUCAUUACUGGUCUCGACACGCAGCGUCUCAUAGCCAGUCGUACGAGCGGCGAUACGAAAGACACGCCGUUGUGGUUCCGUGAUCCAAGAUUCAGCCAUCUCCUGCAGACAGGUCAAAAGAAGGUCGCAGAAGCCAUCAAAACGAACGCCGUUGCCAGUCUGCGCGAAUCCAUCCAGGCGUCUACGACAUAUCCCGAUGCCAUCAAGGUGAUCAGCGAAGCCAUUACGGCCAAGCUGGCCAAGAUGCUAACGCUGCCAGCGGAGAACAUCGAUCCCUCCCGGUCUCCGGCAGCGUAUGGUGUUGAUUCCCUAGUAGCAGUGGAGCUGCGGAACUGGCUCUAUCAGGAAGCAAAAUACGACGUUCCCAUUUUCGAAAUUCUGUCCCAGUCCUCGCUGACCGCAUUGGCCAAGCAUGUUGCCCUGAAGUCGGACAUGUUGAGCCCCGAAUUGCGUGAGGAAGCAGAAAAGGAUGCUCAAGAAUAA